AUGGCUGUUUUUCUGCAAGACUACUGUGUCGCUUCCAAAGAUCCUUCGAUAUCCAGAGGAUAUCUAAGCUCUCUGCAAUCUAUGCUUCUUGCUGGGAGUUCCAAGUCAAACUUGGCGGAAGCAACCAGGCUUGGAGCACUUGCUAGUCUUGGGAACAAGCUCGGAAAUCCAGACAUCACUCGACGAGCUUGCUUAUCGUAUCCUGAACUUCUUCGAUCUUUCCAGGCUACAAUAUCCCGCGCUACCGCGAUUAGUACCGUUGAGUCUCUGACGAUUGUCGUUCUUCUUGGCUUAUACGAGAUGAUAUCUGCGACCGCUGACCAGUUUGGCGGCCAUCGAACCCAUUUCAUCGGGCUAUCGGCAAUUUUGUCCAGCAGGAGUUCAGAUGACGAAUACCCGCCUACCGUAAUGGUGUGCAAGACUCGAGCUCCAAAUUUAUCGAUCACCUCUCUGAGUGAGAUUUCAAUUUGGCCUCACGAUAUCAGCAUUUCAUGCAACCCAGGCGCUGACAACCCGACGAAUUCUCUCGAUGUCCUCUUGCUUGGGUUCGGCCCAUUUUUCCGGCAGAAUCAAGACCUUCUCACUGACACAUUGGUCCCUCCAGAGAGACUGCUUCAAGCCAGAGAAUUUGCAAUUUCCAUGUACGAGGAGUUUGCGAGUUGGCCUUCAACUUUGCCGCAAGAAUGGACGCCGAAGACCAUCGGCUACCUCAAUGGAACGGAAAGAAAGGAGAAGGCAUUGGGCUCAUUUGCCCUUCCGAGUCGUAUUGACAUCUACUUCGAUUUAUUUGUGUGCGUCGUUUGGAAUGCGUAUCGCAAGUGCCGAAUCCUGCUGCUUAAUUUCAUCUCGACAUGCACAAGUCGACUGUGUGAUGAUGAUGAAUUCCCGCAGGUAUCGCACUCGUACUCCCAAAAGAAUCUCAACAAGGAAGUCCGAGAGCUGUCAGAAGCCAUAGCGGCAUCUAUCCCGUUUCUCAUUUACCAGAACCCAGACGCCUUGCUUGUCCAAUCACCAGUGCAUGGCGGCAUGACUUCCAAACAAGAAACACUUCUCCCAGGUAGUGCACAUGGUGGUCUUCUCCUGAUGCAUAUCCUAGUCGUGCAGGAAGAGUUUCAGUGGAUCUUUGGCCGAGAUAGGUAA